AGAAGAGUUGCUGCAGGGGCACCUGCCCAUGGCUUAAAAGGAAAAGGGAAAGAGGUCGCGAAUCUGACGUGGGGCAGAGUGCGUGACAAUGGGUGGGCAGGGCUUUCCUUUCUCCCCGGCCUGGCGGUGCUGAAGGGGGAGAGCGGUUUGUUCUCGACGGCCCUCCUCCUCCUCCUCCUGUCCCCAUAAAGGAGCUUGACUGGAGAGAGCCUUCACGUCUCAUGCCCCUUCGGCUCCGCCUGUGCCAACCUGACCAGCACCUGCUCCGUUCCAGAUCGCGCACCUGUCCUUCGCCACCCCGCCUUGGGGCCACAGUGGGGUUUGGUGGCCGCCUCCCCGCGUGCUCUCCAGCCCCUCUGCGCCCCCGACCUCUCAUGGACGGGGCGGGCGCCGCGCCCUGAGGAUGGAGAAACUGGCGAAGUUCCCGUCCCGGGGCGCCUUUGCGCCGGGCCAGCCGCAGCCUCCGCAGCAGGCGGACGACGACGAAGAGGACGAAGAGGAGGACGAGGACUGCUACGCCGAGCUGCUGGCCCAAGGCUUGCUGGACGAGGCGCCUCAGGCCGGCUCGCUGCCCGGAGGACGGCGCCGCGGGGCCCACGAGCCGGGGCUCCGCGCGGGGAUCAAGACAGGUGAGGGGGCAGCUGCACGCCGGCCAGCGGGAAGGGGUAGCCCAGAGAGAGGGGGUCACAAUCCCUCAGGGCCGGUGGGGGCAGCCUCGGAUCCGGGAGCCCUUCCUCGUGUGUUCCUGCUGGGUUGGGAUCAAUGCCGUUGCGCACUCUGCACCAGCCCCGGGGAUUUGUCACCACCCCGUGCUCCCCUUUGUAUGCCUUUGGCACUGGGAGCAGAGACCAGGAUGGAGAAUGCUUGGGUUUAAACUCCUUGUCUUCCCCUCCCGCCCACGGAUGCGAAGGGAACGUCUUUCCAAAUAAUUGCAGUGGAGUUUUUCUCGUUUCCAUUGCAUUCCAAGUACGCAGUGAAAAGGAUGCACAGGUCAUCCCCCCUCCCCACAUCACCCCCUCAGUUUGGUGAGAAAACUACAAAGGCUUUCAUUCCCACCGAAUUCCCUCCCUUUCGCUGCCGUUCUCUCUCUGAAACCCAGAUCCUAAACAUAUUUACAGAAAGCGAAAGGCUGCAAGAGGUCCCCUUGAACUCAGCGGGACUUCCUUCUAAAUAAAUACAUAGGCUUGGAAUGCGAAUCUCUCCCUGAUUUUAGCUGGGCUUCUUAGAAUUACAGUCACAGAGCUUGGCUUCAGUUUACUAUACAGAUGUGCAAGGUGGUGUCUUUUAGUGGUGUAGUGUUUGCUGGUGCUAAAGUCUGCAAGUCUGAGGUGGACAUUCCCUCAGCUGGGUAUCUACAGAUUCCAAAUUGGCAAGGGAACAUUUACUGGAGUAAUUUCUAUUGGUGCAUGGGGUUUUGUUACCGAGGUACCCAAAAUUCAACAGUCUGCAUGUGAGAUAUGAAUAUAAUAGCUAAAACAGCAGCAUUGAUUGGACCAAAUAUUCACCUCUUCCCGUAUGCCUACCAAACAUUCUUCUUUUCACACCUUUUAAAACUCUGUAUAGCUCUAUGAUAAGAAGACAAAACUAGAAGUCAUCCGCUGCAGCCAUGGGGAUGUUGCUCUUGUUGCAUUGGGACUAUGGGGUGUGUUUGUGUGUGUGCUCGAUGUGGCUCUUUGCCUUUGCAACACACCUGAUCUGGAUUAGGCUUCUCCCCAUGUGGCUCUGAUUUGCACCAAGAGGGAAAAGCUCCCAUCCAAGAAAUCCAAGUUCAAAAUUGUGUGGAGUUCCCAGGUACAGGCAUAGCAAAAUAAAAUGAACCAACAGCCCACAGUUCAUUUUGAUUCAUUGUAUUUUCUUCUUAAACUCCCUUGUGCUCAGAAAUUCAUUUUAACCGUGAACCCCUUUCCUUGGAAGAGGAAGAUGGGAAGAGCCAUGAAAGUAAGAUAAAAUCUCUGAACAAACACUCACCUCCAAAGAAAACGAUCACUCAGACGAUGAAGGAUAAGAAGAAGCAGACGCAGCUCACCUUGCAAUGGUAAGACCAGUGGCCACGCCAGAGUGCUGGUUAACUCUGAACACUUACUGAGGAGUGAGACCCAUUAAACUCAAUGGCUUUGGAGUAGACACGCAAUGCCCCUUUCCUGCUACUCCAGGGGUAUACAACAUGGUGCCCUCCAGAUAUUAUGGACUAUAAUUCCAAGAAUAUUUGCCCAUCAGCCAUGCUGGAUGGGGUUUAUGGAAGCUGCAGUCCAAGCACCUAGAGUGCUCCAUGCUGUGUACACAGUGUUACUUUCCCCCAUUUAAUGUGUCCAUUUUUAAUUGUUUUAGGCUAGAGUGAUUUCCAUGUCAUUGUAAGCCUAAAUAUGGAUUACCAGGACUGCAAUAGUAAUUAUUAUUAUUAUUAUUAUUAUUAUUAUUAUUUCACCCUGCCCAUCUGGCUGGGUUGCCCCAGUCAUUCUGGGUGGCUCUUUGGGUGGCUUUUAGCUCAUUGUGACAGCUGAUCCAAGCUUUGGCUUCACAUGUCGUUCACACGCAGGAUUGUGAUUAAACAAACCUUGGUUACAAAUCAUGGCUGAGGAUGAGUGAUCUUAACCACGAUCCUGCAUGCAGGUGGCGCACACUAAACCAGAGCUUAAGCAAACUGCUGUGCCCUGCUGAGCUAAAAGGACAGCCAGGCAGUUGUUAUAUGCUCCCUGGAAGCCAAUACACCUCUGCAUUCAUGCUAGGCUAUGGUUUGGCUUAGGGUUAGGUCAGAGACACGGCUAUUAGCAUUUAGGAAAAAUGAUUGGAAGAAAGUGGUGGAGGUAUUCACACAGUACAAAAGGCCCAGGACUUUUUUUUUCUAAUUUCUGGGCUGGUCAGUAAUAAUAAUAAGAAGAAAAGUAGAUAAACUAGGAUUAAGGACAGAGUAUUUCGUGUUAUUGGCUUGUUUUCCACCUUUAGGUUGGAAGAGAAUUAUAUUGUAUGUGAAGGGGUUUGUUUGCCGAGGUGCAUCCUCUAUGCCCAUUACCUGGACUUCUGCAGGAAGGAGAAACUUGAACCUGCCUGUGCUGCCACAUUUGGGAAGGUAAAUAAGGCAUUUGAUUCACCUGUUUUCAUUUCAUUGCUUUUUUGAAAUAAACAAAACCAGUUCCCUCAUUUUUUUCAAGAGGCGUUUAAUUUGAGCCUCUGAUUUCUCCCAUGAUAACAGGACUGAGCAAAGCCCUCUGUGCUUUCAGUGAAAUGUUAUUUUAAAUCUUACUCCUGGUAGGAUAUGUUCAAUGUCCUUCUUUGUUUUGCAACACGGGACUGAGAAGGGGCAGUAGUAGAAGCUGGGGAUUUGCAGGAGGAUAGAAUCAGUCCUUCACCUGAAGAGGUGCAGGGUAGAGGAAAAGGAUUGCUGGAGUCGGCAAAGUUGAAAGGCAUGUAACUUUUGUAAUAAUUACUGUGAGAACAGGGCACAGUUAAUGAAAGAGAUUGAAAAGGAUAGGGUUGCAGGUGGCAGAUCUUUCCUCUUCCCUCCUACCCCCAAUUGACAAAAAUCCACCCACGCUUUAAUGUUGAACUUAUUUAAUCAAAGUGAGACGUGGGCUUUCCAAAUUAAAUCCAAACUACUAGGAACUGGUGAAACUAAAUACCAAGAAAGCUUCAGAGUUCAAAAAACACCCAUGAUAUCUCCCAAUUGCUUUGUGGAGCUGAAACACAUUAGUUUAAUGAAAUGGGGGAGAGGGUCCAUGUCUCCCAAUGAUAUUAAAUGACUUCACUACCAACAAGAGUGAAUUAACCUUAAUUCCUACCCCCAACUGCAUUACUUCCUUUUCCGAAUUUUGGCAACAGUAGGAUUAUCUCUUUCUAUUAGAUGCAGGGCUUUCCGGCUCCAGGGUAUUUGCUCUGUUGUUGGCUGCUGAGCUGUGGUGUCUGUGACUUUUGGCGGCUUGGCUCACCCUCAGUUGUGCCGUUGCAGAAGUCACUUCCAAGGAGGGCCUUUUCAAAACAAGAUUAGCUAUGCUGCUGAACUGAAAAACAACAACCCAGUAUCGGCACAUCUCAAGUUCAGAGAUCCUUAUCUCAAACCGCAUUGAAUAAAUUGGUUCUCCAAGCUAAAAAAAACCCCUUGUUUUAAAACCCACCUGGCUUUUUGGUAACUUUCCAGCUACUCAUAUUGCCCAGUUGUCUUGUUGAUGCUUCCAGGGCAAUUUACAUGGGAUGCUAAAAGUGACACUGGGCUUUUCUUGUGCCACUUGUCCAAAAUUGUUUGAUUCUUGUUAUUGUGACACAGAAUGUGGAAGAACAUCUGCCUUGUGUGCAGAGUGUCCCAGGUUCAAUCCCCAGGUAGGGAUGGGAGAUUUAUCUGCCUGGAACCCUGGAAAUCUCUUACCUGCUGUUGUAGACACAUCUGAGCAAAAUGGACCAUUGGCUUGACUUGCCAUAAGGCAGCUUCCUGUGUUCCUAGAUGUAAAUUUUAAGCUAUGGAGGUUUUACAUUCAGGUUUCAUAAUGUGGGAAAUGAGAGCAGCAGGGGAGAUGAACACAAUGCCACAGCCUUUUCCCUCCCAUUAUAGAUAUUUAAUUUCUGAUCUUUCACUCUAGACUAUUCGUCAGAAAUUUCCUCUUCUCACCACAAGGCGGCUGGGCACCAGAGGCCACUCAAAGUAAGAGAUAUUCCUCCUCUAGCGCUUCAGAGCUGUGAUUUCUCAAUCUAUAAAUGUGUGUGGUAAGCCAUAAAAUCUUUCAUCAGACAACGGGAAUUCUCAUAUGAGAUGAAUUAAUAAAUAGUCUCUAAAACAGGGUGCAGAAUCUAUUUCAGACAUGGAGCCAUAUAUUCUUGUGGCUGAUCUUCCAGGGGCUGCAUGGAUAGGGCCAAAUAAAAAGCAGGCAGGGCCAAAGGUCCUAGCCACACUUGCCAAAAUAAUCACACACACACACACCCGCAGUCACACACAGCAGUUAGGUUUGAAAAAAGCCUCCUAUUGGAGCUGAUAGGAGGCUUUUCUCCAAACCUAAUUGUGGAACUGGGCAUUAUUGAUGGGGAAGAUUAAUGAUAGAAUGAUAGCUCUGGGUCCAACCCCCAAGAAGAAAGCUAUUAAUUAAAAGGCCCCUCAAAGCCUCAGUAGCACUUGUCCUGUCCACACUUACAGCAAUUAUGUUUUACAAUUCUUAAAAUAUGCACAGAUGAGGUCUGAAGAAAACAAAAAAACCAACCAGGACAUCAACAUGGAAAAUGCUGGGGUGCAACAGAUUAGCAAAUCAAAAUGUCUUUAGGAUGAUUCACAAGCAUAUCAUUGACAGACCCUGUCCCACUAAAAAAGGCCACAAAUACUUAAAAACCUUCAGAUUAAAUGACAAAAGUCUGGGUAAAAAGGAAAGUUUUUGCUUAGUGCCUAAAACUAGACAAAAAUGGUGUCAGAUGAUCUUCCCUAGGAAGAGCAUUCCACAAAUGGGGAGCCGCCACAGAAAAGACCCGUUCUCAUAUUGCCACUCUGUGGACCUCUCAUGGAGGGGGCACCAGAAUAAGGGCCUCCAAUGAUAAUCGCAAGGUCUGGGUUGGUUCAUAUAGGGAGAAUCAGUCCUUGAGGUAUUGCAGUCCUGAGCCCACAGGCGGAGGAAGAGGGGGGCGGGGAGAGCGCACCGCCCCCAGCACCACCAUCCUGAGGUGGGCGCCAUGCCCACAGGAUACAUGCCAUGCCCCUGCGGGCAGCGCACCAGGCCUCCGGGACACGCUCCACACCCCCGGGACGCACACCAGCCACAUCCCCGCCUGCUCUCUGCCACUGCCUGAGCCAUUUAAGGCUUUAUAGCUCAAAACCAGCAGUUUGAAUUGGGCCCAGAAACUCAGAUCCAUGUACUCUAGGUCUGAUCUUUUAUAAAUACCCUUGUGUGAGCCAGGUGAGAUUCAUUUCCUACUGAUUUCCUAUAACUGAGCCUCAUUUAAUUUGAUGUUUGAUGGAAAGGCUGAAAAAAAUAUUUAUUUAUCUCCCUACAUUUCUAUGCCUCUUGACUGUAAUAAAACCACAAAGUGGUUUACAAAAGGCAGAAUGAAUGGGCUGAGUGAACAAGAGGAGGUGGGAGUGAAAGAUGGAAGAGGUUAGGGUAAGUGUAGCGAAAUGGCAAAAGUGAUGGAAAGCCCAGGAGGAAGAGGCCCUUCCACACAACUGUUGUCCAUGAAAUCCCGCAGGCAGUUAACUUAGUAGGAACCAUUAAACAAAUGGCCCAGCACGGAGAAAGCCGUUGGACAUAAGCCCUAUUGAAAUCAACAUGACAGAUAAAUUAGUUGUGCUUAAAUUAAGCCAUAGGGUUUUAGCCACACAAGUAACUUCCUCUGGACCAAGGCCAAGGUCUGCUGUGCAGCUGCGGUUCCUGUUGAGGGAUGACCUGUGUAGGUGUCAUGGAGGGCAGAUGCUGUGGGCUGUUUGAGCUCGAGUUACAGUUUAAUUUCUUUGUAGACUUUGAUCAACGCUAAAUCUUAGCUUCCCUGCGCCAUUUCUGAAAGGCAUUAUCUUAUUUAUUAAAAGUGAUUUAGUGGGUUAAUAAAACUGAUAUGGCAGCUGGCCUUGCGAUAAUGAGUUAUUGCAAGUGCCUGAGCAGCUUAAUCCUAUCAUUGCCCUUAUCAGCCAUCAUUUGUGUCAGCAUAUGCUCAGGCCAGGGCUACUUGCCGCACAGGAACAUAUGUCCAUGCACAUGAAAAUGGGAGAGUGAAGAAAUAGAGGGAGAGAGAUUGUUCUGCUUCUUACAGUAAAUUUUGAUGAAAAAUACAUAUAUGAAGAUUGUCAUCACAGCUUUUAUUUAUUUUCAGUACAAUAAAAACAAUUAGACACUAAAUAAACCUAUCCCAUCUCUCUUAUCCAUCCUAUAAAUCAGUUUCCCUCUUCUUGAUCCUCCCUCUUCUAUCAUACUAUAUUUUAUAUAACAAAUUACUUUUUAUGUUACAGAUAGUAAACUAUUCAAUAGCUAAAGUUCACUAUGGCGAGUGAGCUUGCUUCUGCAUACCUCAGACUGCUGGAAAUAAGCAGUUUCUAAAAAUCCAAAUAAGUUGGGUUCCUGGCUUAAAUGUCAAUACCUAAUGACAAAAUGGUUGCCAUCAUAUAAACUACUGUCCUGUUUUUCUCUUAUUUGCUUAUGAGUCUUAAGGAAAGGCAUGCACCUUUUCAGGGACACUGGUGAAACUUCUUAUUGUGAUAACACUUUGGGGUCUUUCAUCACCUUGACUAGUCAUGGUCCUACGUUCAAAUCUUAGCUUUUAAUAAUGUCCUGUCUUGGGGGACAGGAUUACUGAAUGAAGGUUACCUAAUGAACAUAAAAAAAUAAAACUUGAAAGUCUGAGUUCUGCUUUAUCCUCAACUUUGUGUGCCCCUUUUAACAGCAUAUCUCUCUAUCAUUUAUCUAUCUAUCUCUAUCUAUCUAUCUAUCUAUCUAUCUAUCUAUCUAUCUAUCAUCUAUCUAUCUAUCUAUCUAUCUAUCUAUCUAUCAUCUAUUUAUUUAUCUCUAUAUCUGUUUGUUGGCUUCUUCCCUGCUACAGAUAUCACUAUUAUGGAAUUGGCAUUAAAGAAAGCAGUGCAUACUAUCACUCAGUGUAUUCUGGAAAAGGUUUGACAAGGUAUGGUAAAAUAACAUUUGAAGUAUAACUGAUAUAGUGUUGAAUGAUGUUCAAAAAUCACCUUGGACUAGUUCACACAUGUACACUUGAUUUUUCACCACUUGAUUAUUAUAUUACAUGAUCGGGCAUUUGCUUGAACAUGCAAAUGCUCAAAGUGUGGACAGGGGAGGGGGGUGCAUUCAGGCCCUACUUGUGUUAUAUGAUAGAAGUAACAUAUAACUAAUGGCUACCCUCUCCUGCCACACCCGUGUGCCGUGUCACACCCUUUGAGAACAACUGGUUUAUGGUCCCAUUGCCUUGUGGGCAGUCUGUGUGUGGGAGGAACAUCCUGAUAGUGGGUGGGGUUAAAGCCAACAGGGACAACUGCAUAACUCUACAACACACCCCUUAUUGGGGACACUUUGGGGAACAUGCUCUUAAAUGCCUGGGAAAGCAGAAUUGUGUUGUCUAGCACCUAAAUGAGAGAAAUGAGGUCUCUAGUAGGUGCCCUUGGGGAGGGCAUUCCAAAGGCAAGGAGCCACCACAGAAAAGGCACAGGCAUCAAAAAAGUGGCAAACUUUUAGCUAUUCUGGGACUGAGUUAGGCUGCUUGCAGACAGGAAUUUAUUGUGGAACCAUUGCUACUCAUACACAGAAGCUUUUUGCAACAUCCACAUCAAAAUGCCAGGCCAUAAUUUUUGUUGCAUUUAAUCCAAAUUUCCUCUGACUGCAGAAAAUCUCUUAAGGAAAAACAGACCUCUAUAUGUCUGCAGUCACUGGUGGUAUCUAGUGCAUUGGUUUGAGUGGGCAAGUUGUCAAAUAAUGUUUCAGUCUCCAUCACCACCAGAAUUUCAGUAUAGCUGAAUAUAUAUCUGCAUUAUUAUUAUUAUUAUUAACCAAGUGAAAAUAGAUGUUGCUUCACUCUCCUCAAAAAAGCACCACCCUCCCUUUUGUGAAACAUGAUAACUAGUGGGUGGUAGUACUUUUCUCAACAUUUCCUAAAUUUUACAUCCUAAUGCAAAUGUGAAAUAUCUUGGUUUUCAAAGGUUUUCUGGAAGCAAGUUGAAGAAUGAGGUGAGUAAUAUUUCAUAUGCUUUUGUAAUGUGGUGGGAACAUCAGAUACACAGAGCCCUGCUGAUCCCAUAGUAGAAGUUCCAUAGUCUUUUGAUGUCUACUUCAAAACCUCAUGUAGUUGUGGCCUGUUGUUUAUACUUGGUAAGAAGACUAGAAAAUGCAGACUCUUGAUCCAGAGGGGGAAGUGAACUCAAAUUAGAGAUUUAAGAACAGAGCAGCUACAGGAAACUUUUGACUCCACACAGAUACAACCAAGUUCAAGGUGACCUAACAACUAAACUGUACAAUAGCACAAUCCAUAUAUGUGGGGCAUCAACGAAGCUCUUCUCAAUGUCAGCUUCCCCCUGUUUGGGGAGGACCAAAAUUUUAGAUUGUUUAGCAACAUGUCCCCCAGGUAACAUAAGGUAUGAAUAUUUUACAGAACUAAGUCAAUAAUGUUCAUUAGAUUAUGUUAAUUGAUUAUAGCCAGAACUUUCCCAUGCCUCCCACGUCUACAACCUUUUUUGCUUCACUGCAGCACACAGAUUUGCAAAUGGUUGGCUCCCCUCACCCACCACAAAGGCAGCAGUAUCAGCAAACUCCUUUAUCUAAAGCAUUUAUUGUGCCAUUCAAGACUCUGUGAUUAAUUGAGCCACAAAUAAUUGCUGUCAUGGACUCUCACGUUAAGCAAGCUUACAACGAGUUCCUUCGAAGUGAAAGACACCCAUGGCAAAUGUGCAGCUGAGACUCAAGUCUUCAGAUUCAUUAUUGAAUUCAUCAUGCCAAUAUUUUCUCUGCAUUCGACACAACCCAAACACCACACCUCCUUCCUCAGCUCCCCUUGCCCCUCAUUUUUGUAUGUUUGAUGGGUACAGUCUCCAAAUGCUGACAGGUAAUUGUUCAACUGCAGCCAUGUUGACUCAUGACAGUCUUUUAAACCACCUAAUGUUUGUGUCAAUACAGAAUGUGAACACACAUCACUUCUUUCAUUUAGCUCUUUAUCUGUGUUUGUGUAGCCUGAUUCUUAGAUGAGGUGCAGCCUGACUAUCUAUAUUUCUAUCCUUGCUCACUUUAUUUUACUUUAAAUUGUUGAAAAUCUAAAACAAUGGUUCCCCAAUCUUUACCUCUAUGGACCACUUGAAAAUUGCUGAGGGUCUUGGUAGACGACUUCCUGAUUUUUCCACCUCUCGUAGAAAUCGUAAUGUGCCAGAUGCUUUAAUGGUCUUUUUAGAGAUUUGUUUAUUUCUUUUAUAUUGCAUUUUAUGCCAUUACAAUUUGAAUUCCAUGCAACACAAUAAAACACAAUAUAAGAAGUAAAUGAAGCAAUAAUAAACCAUUAAAAAUAAAAUAAAAAUAUUUAAUGUGAUGGAUGUGCCAUCUCCUGUCUUAAACCACAAAUCCACAGACAUGCCAUGGACCACCUGAAUGAAGCUUGUGGACCACGGAUGGUUCUCAGACUACAGUUUGGGAAUUUCUGAUUUAAAAUAUCCAUUGACUAUUAUCCUUGAAUCAUGAGAUUGGCCAUGGAUAGACUGCUUAGUUAGAUGGCCUGAUUUGUGUCACCCAGCAUGCUAAUUCUGAGAGUGCCGAUAUAUAACAAAGUCAAAAGCUGGGGUCACUGGAAUAAAUAUAAAGGGAUGCAAUGUUCAAGCCAGACUAAUGUUGCACUUCUUCAAUGUUUUGCCGUUAUUCACAUUCUGUGCUCCUGGUUCCAUGUUGUAAACUGUAGGAUCGAAAAUAUGGGAUCCAAAUAAAUUUAGCUUUCAGUAGUUACCAACACAUAGUUACCCACACUCCAUACAAAUCUUGUAUCCCAGCAUCUGCUAAGGGCCCAGAAAUCAAAGGGAGCCUUCCUCUAUGGCUCUCAAUCCUUCCACCUCUGAUCCCACCCAAAUCCCUCUUACAAAUUAAAAAGUCUGCAAAAGCUACAAAAUGAAUAAUUUACACAUAAUAUACAGAUUAUGAUCAUGUAUCCCGAGAAUAUGAGUUUCCUUGCUGUGGAAAGUACUUUUUUCAGUUUCAAAAUCUUUUGUUUUUUUAAAAAAACCACAGAAAGAAAGAAAAACAAAUUAAAAUAUAAUGGAAACAUUUUAAAGGGCAGGUAUGAAAAAGAAGGCAACAAAGAGAAAACACAGUUUUUGGAAUCAUUUCAGGAAGAAGCAUCCAGGGUUUUUUAAAGAAAAUCUGUUCCCCUUUUCCCUCUCCUUCUGUCCUUUUAAUGCUUAGGGUUAGUGUAGAAAUAUAGGCAGGUGGGGAACUUGGAGCUAUCUGGUUGAUCCAGAAAAUGCCUGGGCAGAUUUAUUAUUGUAAUUCAAUCUCUCUCUCUCUCUCUCUCUCUCUCUCUCUCUCUCUCUCUCUGUGUGUGUGUGUGUGUGUUUUCCUGUGUGCUAAAGCACCACCAUAUAUAUAUUUCUGAUUUAGUCUACAUAUGCAUAGAUUUAUUAUUAAUUUAAUUGAUUUAUUCACAACUUAAUAUAAGCAAUCUUGAAGUGGUUUGCAAAGUAGAAACUUGAGGGGAAACCCAAAUCUGAAGUACAAAUAAAUAAAAGAGAGAGAAACAUACUUUAAAUAAAAAUAAUGGAAUCUAAAUAUAAAAACAAAAUACUGAUCAAAACAAAAGCAAAAAGUUUCAUAAUGCCAGCUUCAUAAUUCUGAUCAGUAAAUUUAUGCCAAUUAGUAUGGCCAACUUUUAUCCUGCUAAAAUUGCGGCUGGUUGUUGGCGUGAAGAUGUAAUAUUGUUUUCCAUCUUAUAGGGUGGAUUCACUCGGAAAUAUUCACUGAGCUCCAAAACUGGGACUCUUCUUCCAGAAUUCCCCAGCGCCCAACACCUUGUAUUGGAUGGGUGCAUCUCCAAAGACAAGGUAAAAAUGUAAAGUGAUAAUAUAUUGAACUAAAUCAGCUCCUUUUAAUCUGCCUCUUCCCUUGAAGGCUUCACAGUAGUAGUGACAUGAAACAAGUAGAAAUAUCUAUAAUCAAACAAACUUGACUGAUUUAUAGUGGGAGCAAACCUCUAUUAUCUCCUUUUAACUGGCUCUCCGGUGGAAAGUGGUUAAAUUAUUUACAUAUUAACUUGCCUAAUAUUUUACAAACAGGUGGUAUUUGCCUUAAGAAGGGCAAAACAAAGAAAUAGUUAGGAGUACUAUCCAUUCCAAAUACCAAUGGAUUAAUUUAGCACUGAUAAGAUAGGAGCAAACGAUUGGGGCAAAUUAUUAAGUGGAUUUUUCCUCCUGCCUAGUUUUGUCAAUGAACAGAAGAUAGCACACUUGUACUUACUGAUUAUUUUUAAAUUAUGUACAUGUGGAGUUUACAUGACAGAAAAGAGCACUGGGCAUUUCAGCUAGCAGAUUGGGUUCAUUUCUUUGUAAACCUUUGUGAACAAUCACAUAAAAUGUAGACCUUUAUGAACAAUCUCACUGAAAAUGUUUCACAAUUUUGGCUUAUUGUCCAUUUGAUCAUUGGGAUCUCCCAGACUUUCCCAAUCUCCAUUAAAAGCCUCAGAUAUGCUUUGGAUCCCACAGGAGUCCAUGAAAAUGUAGACACUGGUUUCUAUUGAGACAGUUUAGCUUGGAAAGGUGCUCUACCUAAAGCAUACAACAUGUCCUUGUUGUAGAAGAUACAGUCUGCAUAUGCCAGGCAAAUUAGUGUUUAAAAUAAUCUUAUAGCUUUGACAAAAUCUUUAUGAUUCUAUUUGAUUGGGUGGUCCAGAUCAACCUUUACAGCAAGAUGAUGUAUAACAUUCAAUUACCAAAAUGCCCACUUUGGAGAUCAAAGUCAGAAAUAGAAGAACCCAACUUGGAAUGUUUAGUUUCAAAUGCUAGUCACUUUGAUUGGACAGUUUAUCUUGGCAUGUUAAACACUAUUGCUCUAUACUUUUAACUCUAUUCUGUAUUACAUCAAGAAGCAGAAUGACAGAGCAUGGCAAAGCUUUAGCUCCAGCCUGAGUGUUGCAGUAGAGAGUGCUGGAUUGAAAUCAUGGCUUAGCCAUGACAAAUCACUCUUUAGCCUUCUUAAGUCAUUUAUCUCCAUGCAUAAGAUUUAUGUUUGAAGCCCAUGAGAGAUGCUGCCACUCAAGGCUAGCAAUAGAUGGACCAAUGGUCUGAUAAAGUAGAAGGCAAUGUCCUAUGUGCUUAUGAUACUUGGAUAGGUUUGCUGUGAGGGCAACUGAGGCUUCCAAGGCACUUUAAAAAUCUUUCAUAAAUGGUAAAUCAAAUAAAUUAACAACUCAGUGAUUGCCUCACCCCAUAUAUAUGUUAAAUGCAAUGCUGAAUUCCAUACAUUAUUAUUUUGUAUUAGAUUAGCUUUCACAGUUAGUGCAAAAAUGGACUGUGAUACUUACUAAAUUCCCAUAGAAGAGGUGAAAGUUUGUGUGAAGGGUCAUAGCUCGGUGGUAGAAAACAUGCUCUACAUGCGGAAGGUUCCAGGUUCAGUCCCGGCAUCUCCAGGGAAGAAUGGGAAGCAUUCCUACCUGAAACCCAGGAGAAUUUCUGGCACUCGGUGUCAACAAUACUGAGAUUGAAGGACCAAUGGCCUGAUAGUAUAAAGUGGCUUCUUAUGUCUCUGAAUUUCAUUUGAUUCUAAUUUUUAUUUUUUUUAAUUCCUGAAAUAGGUAGAUACCCUUAUCAUGAUGUACAAAACCCACUGUCAGUGUGUCCUCGACAAUGCCAUUAAUGGAAACUUUGAAGAGGUAAGGCUCACUUGAGUACGCACCUAGCACUUACCUGUACAAGGUCAUGGCCAUCAUGUCAUUCAUAUCUGUGCUCUGCUUGCUCUUCCAUAGAUCCAACAUUUCCUAUUACAUUUUUGGCAAGGAAUGCCCGACCACCUCCUCCCCCUGCUUGAAAACCCUGUGAUCAUUGACAUCUUCUGUGUUUGCGACUCAAUACUGUACAAGGUGUGUUCCAUGUUAACUAAAGUGGAGAAUGGAAAUCUUGUCCCAAGCUAAGUCCUCACUGAAGUGAGAAGCUUCAGUCUCCAUACAGGGUUCAUGUGACUGAAUACUCCUCCAUACAAAAAUCAUUAAAAUCACCGCAGAUAGAAAACAGGAGUGUCAGGCUUCCUUUCUAGUUUUUUAUCAGGAGUACCACCUAUAGUGUAAUGGUUGGUGGGGAGGGAAGUGAAGUGUUAAAGUUUCUACAAACUUUUUAGUGAAGUGUUAAAGUUUCUACAAAUUAUUCAGUCUGUUAACUUUUAAUGAUUGUGAAUGGUUGUUGAAAUAAUCUCUUAUGUGUAGAGAAAGCAAUUUUAAGGAAGCUCUAGUAAGCACCAGUUUAUUGGAAUGUGUUGGUGUUUGAGAACUUUUCAUUUUCCUGCCAUUUUAUUCAAGGUCCUUACAGAUGUACUCAUCCCUGCAACUAUGCAAGAAAUGCCAGAAAGGUGAGCAAUUACUUGCAUAAGAUGAUGUUGAUUGAAUAAUAAAGGUGGCCAUUUUGAUAACUGAUAUGGAAGAGGGGGAGGAAUUACCAUUUUUAAAAAACGUUGAUCUUUUGACACCUAAUGACGUGAAUUAUUGUAGUUGAACAGGGAACAGCUUGAUGGACAGCAAUGUUUCACUUGCUAAUUUCAGUUGCAUUUCUUUCUUCUCAUCCAGCAAGGGCAACCAAAUUCUCUAUGUACAAAAGGGCAGUAUGUGAGUGGUUCCUUAUGCUGAAUCUCCUCCAUCAGCAGACAGGACUGUACACAAGUUUCCCCUUGCUAGUUUUGGACUGUACACAUACCACAAAACAAAGAGUUAGUUCACACUUUCAGCUUUGCCAAUGCUGAUUGCUAGCUAAGGAAAAAAUCAUUUAGCCUUCCCUUCCUAAACAGCUGUCUCAGUGUUCAUUAUCUAUACCGUGAUAUGCAGUAUUAAUACAGUUUUUUUAAUGGUGUCUGUUGGAUAUAUUUAUUUAGGCUGAAUUGUUUUGUAUUGUUUCAUUCCCUGUUGUUUAAUGCAGUAUCAAGUAAGGUUGAAGGCUUAAUAUAUUUUGAUUGGAUAGGAUUGCAGUGGCAAAUGUUGAUUUAGCUAAAGCCAGAACCCAUUGCACAUUGCUACUUUGCCAUGUCAGGCAAUAGCAGUUGGGCUGCUGGGACAGUAGAUUUGGCCCAUCUUGUUAUGCUGGUGCAGAAUAACACCAUGUGACACUUGCCGUUGCUUCCCAUGGUGUUUAUAGUCUUGUGCAUUUAUUUGCAAAUGCAAUGGGUCUUGAGUUUUGGCCAUGUGCUUUUUGAGACCUCAAGCAACCAGUCUGGCUUGUGUUGGUUUAUCAAGUAUGCCGCAUAGAUUGUCCAACAUUUUUGUUCAGCUGUUCCUGAUUAUGACAAAAAUCAAUACAGAAGUUGAUUCCAAUCUACUAUUUUCCUUUUCAUUAGUUUGCUGGCUGAUAUAAGAAAUUUUGCUAAAAACUGGGAACACUGGAUUGUUUCAUCACUAGAAAAUCUACCAGAAGACCUUGCAACAAAGAAAUUACCCAUAGCACGAAGAUUUGUAUCUUCGCUGAAGCGUCAAACCUCCUUUCUGCACUUAGCUCAGGUAAAUCUAGAAUAAAGGUCAUAGCAUUGCACGCAUGAUGAAGAGAGUGACCUGAAAGUUUUGACAAGAGACAUUGGUUUUUGUCACUGGUGCGCUAGUUGUCUCAGCAAUUGCUUCAUUGCCCUCAGCCCUGGGGAAAAGCAUGAGGCCACCUGGGCUCCAUCUAGGCUCCAUCUGAGAGGGCCCUUUGGAGCCAGACAGUCAAUGCCCCUGGUUAACUCCACAUUCCAGUGGGCUACCAGGGAAUCAGCAAAGGCCAUCCAUAUGGGAUAAUAUAUCCCCUACCACUCUUCAAACCAUUUAGAUCCAUUGAGUAGUGGUGAUAGACCAUUCCGAGAAGUGAAGUUGCAGGGAACCAGGCAGAGAAUCUUCUCAGUAAUGGUGCCCACCCUGUGAAACGCCAUCCCAUCAGAUAUCAAAAAGAUAAAUAAUUAUACAACCUUCCAUAGAAAUCUGAAAGCAUCCCUGUAUUCGGACGUUUUUAAUGUGUAGUGUUCUGUUUAAUGUGUUAUGAAGCAUGCAGACAUCAGAGGUUGGCCACCCUGCAACCCAUUAUAUAUUUGUGCUUGGAUUCUAUACAAAGCUUGAGGUGGCUAUCUGUAGGUUAAGAGAGAACUGCUCCUCUCCAUGCAUUUGGUGAAUGUGCAAUAAUGGCAAAAAGAGGAAGGAACACUUCUAGGCAGAAAGGGUAACAAACCAUUGUUGCGAAGGUGCUCUUCGCUCAGGGAAGCCCUCUUUGCUCAUUCCCCUCUGAAUUGGUCCUGGCCAGCUGACCAUGUUCACUAACACAUUGCUAUGUACCAACCCACCUACCUCUCUCAGGGCUGUAGAUUCACAAGCAAGAGCUGGUAAGAACAGUUGCUGCCACUGAUUGAGUGCUUUCAGGCAGCCCAGACCUGCUCUGUGCUUUCUGAUGGUGCAGCUUAACCCCCAGCUAAUUUCAUUGCAUCUGAAACUGAGCAGACACCAGUUAUAAGAACUGUGCUUGCUAUUUCAGUGUUCAUUCCUUUUUUUUUCUAUGUCAGAAAGCAUUAAGGGGGCCAAAAAUAAUAAUACUGAUUCUGUAUGGUCUUCUGAACAUAAACAUAAAGAGAAACAGUAGUGUCAUCUCCCCACCCAUCUCCAUUAGCAUUUUCAGCAUAGUUUUUUCCCCUGUUGCCUAUUCACAGAUUGCUCGACCAGCUCUUUUUGAUCAACAUAUAGUGAACGCCAUGGUUGCUGAUAUUGAGAAAGUAGAUCUGCACAGCAUUGGAUCUCAGGCUUUGCUCACAGUCUCAGGAAGCAUGGUUUCUGAGGGAGAGGGCUACGUUGAAUGUAAGUUGCUGGUCAAGGGAGGAAUCAUUGCUGUUCCCUACACCCAGGGAAUUUCUUUUAAAAUCUGUUACAUUAAAAAUCACAUUUAAACCUUUUCUGUCCUGUAACAAUCGUUUCACCACUUAAGAGAUUUUUGAAAUCUUAAGUGGUAUAGAAAUGUUUUAAAGAAAGAAAGAAAGAAAUACUAAUAAUGAUGUUAAUAAUGUCCGAGACAAGUCAGAAGAAAAAUCAAAUGAUUCCCAGGCAAUAUAGUUUUAAUUUUGCUUUAUCCAACAACUUAAGUCUAAGGUAAUUUGUGUCUCAUGUGUGAAAAUAGGCCUUAACCUGUAGAUGUUUAUUACAGGUGCCUGAAGCUGCAUGGAAGCAAGAGCUUCUCAGUUCAUUUAAAUGUUGGGAGAAGCUCCUUCUCAUUCCAUGCACAUGGUGGCAUAUUGAAGAACCUGGUUUGGGAAUGUGAUAGAGGCAGCUGAUUGUAUACAACUGAAAAUAUUAUUUGGAAAAAAUCAGCUUCAUUCUACUCCUGAACCACCACUUUUGAUAUGUCAGACUUUUGCUGAAAUCAUUACAGGAUCAUUGGCAUCCUGAUUUUAUCCCUGGUGAUUGCUUGUUAUGAUGACCUGGCUAAUUUUUCCUUUUGUCUGGCUACACUCUGUGAUCUUUGUGUGGUCGUUAAAAGUACUUCACUAAGGAAUAAUAAGUUUCAGACUUAAUGAACUGGUUUUUGUUUCCUUUUUUAAAGUAAUGUUUUUUUCUUUUUAAGACAUGUUUACAUUUUCAGUGCCAUUUCUUUUCCUCUUCUUUUUUUACUCCGUUCUUCUGUUCUGCUUGCAUAGCUUUAUCAUUGCUGUGAGACAGGAAAAGACUGGUUAAUCCACAGGAGAAAAAUUCCACAGGGUGCAUGUAGCCCCACCAUUGACUGCUGAGGUAGCUUGCUCUAAAUCAAGAGGAGUGGCCUAGCCAUUUUUGGCCUGAAGGUCACACUGACAUGUUACAAACCCUCUGGAGACCACAUGCCAAAGUGGCAAGGCAUUAAAGUCUAUUUAGUCAGGGUAGCUGGUAUAAGACUGGGUAUAACUCAACCAUCAAGAGUUUAUGGUAUUUUAUUCCUGUGUUUCUCAAAAUUGCUAUAAGGGUGUAUUCCAAGCAACAGCUAAAACUACUGGGUUGCAUCCAGCUAAGACAUACUCAAAAUAGCCCCAUUCAAUUCAAUGGACUUUAUUUUGAUGAACUCAAGAUGCUGUCUUCUCAUUUCACCUCUGCAGCUCUAAUUCUUCCUUUUCCUUUCCUUUACAUGCUCCAAAACUAUCAAUGACUGGUGAGUGGCUUUCUCUCCUGUUCAGAGUAGAAUGCAACUACGUGUUUUCCUUUUUACAUGGUAGAUGACUCUAUUACAGUGUUCCAAGAACUGAAGGACCUUUUAAAGAAGAAUGCCACUGUGGAGUCCUUUAUUGAAUGGCUGGAUACUGUGGUUGAGCAAAGGGUUAUCAAGGUAAGCCCCAACUGAAAUCAAAUUGUUCCUGAUAAAGUCUAUUCCUCUUGUGAACAGCAUUCUUCCCUCUCAUGGUGCCCAACUGGCACCUUCCCUUCCUGGGGGUGGGGAUACAAUGGGAAACUGUGGUUUAACCAGUGCUUUUUUCUGGGGGGAUGCAGGAGUACAUACCCCUAAACAUUUUGUGUUGCUCUGACCAACCGACUGACCGACAUGCCAGCUGUCUCCUCAGUAGCACUGGAGCUCCGUCGUUCUCCCCACCAGUGCCCGGGGAGGGGAGUCUGGGGCAGCUGCAAUGGAGGCAAUGGUGCUGCUCCUCCUCUUGCUGGGCUAGAGCCAGCCAGUGAGCACUUGCCCCUCCUCGCUCAAGCUGACCCCGCCGUUGCCGGGGGCCUUCCUGUCCUCUCAGCACUGCUGCUGCCACCUUGAGUCCCUCAUCCGGGGGUUGGGGGAGGAAGGGGAUGGGGAGCAGCCAAAAUGAGAGUACCCCUAAACAUCUUUUGGGGGGAAGCACUGGGUUUAACAAACCAGAAAGCAAUGCAUUAAGACACACUGGAUGAGGGCGCACAAGGUCACAGUUUGUUGGACUGGGACUAUUACAUCUGAACAAUCCAAUGUAUUGUUAGGCUUCACCUUGAUAGAAAUAAGUAAGGCAUACGUCAGAGAUAUUGCAGGUUUGGUUCCAGACCAAAUAUUUCAAUAAAGCAAGUCACCCAAUUCUUUGUGUGUGUCCCAGUACAUAUAAAUUUAUGUUUGCACUAUACUGUAGUCUAUUAAGCCAGGCCUCCCUGUCUGCAGGGGCAGGAGGGGGAAUAACCAGCUUCAGCCCUAGCCACCUCCAGCCCUAUGGCCAGAGGAGGGCAACAGCAGCAGGGGGGUGGGCUGGCUGCAGUUGCACCAGCAUCCUCAUAAGGGUCAAUGAGGUAUGCCUGUACUUUGUGAGAAGACCUUAAGGCCUGGAAAUCCAUAUACCAUCACUAUACAAUUCAAAUGACCAUUAAGCCCUCUGAUUCAAGAACGAAUUGAAAUAUUGCAGAGUAGAAUGGCAUUCUCAGCUCUGUUUAGCUAAUCUUUAGAUAAUCACUGUUAAACAGAGGAAGCAAGGGAGGGGUGGAAUUGUCCACCAUUCAGCAUCUGUUGCAGAACAUUGUUCUAGGGCAAACAGGUAUAGUUUCCAGUGUUUUCCUCCCACGUCUGGAAAAAAAUGCUGAACAAUUUACUGUAUGAAUCAAGAUUAGCUGAGUAAGAGGUAAUGAUUUACAGAACACGUAAUCCUUCCAUUGCCCUCUACCUUCUGUUCAGUUAAAAGUGCAGGGCCUCUCUCCGUCACACCAAAUGGCUUCCUUUUGUUUGCUGAUUGAAAAAGGGGCAGCUCGUCAUGUUACCACAAGCUGCUGCUGGGUCCUGGCAAGGGAGGCAGUGUCAGAGCGUCUUUCAACGCCUGGACACAGAAAGGACUGACAGAUUGAUAGCACAAUUUCUUGCGGGGGUAUUGUGGGGUUUUGCUGGGCAGGGGUUGUUGCUGUGGGUUUUUUGUAUCUUUAUUUUAGAUUUUGUUGUGAUUUAUUUGGGUUGGUUUUGUAUUUUUAAAUGUUUUGUUUAUUGUUUAUGGCUGCUUUUGCUAUGUUUUAAGCCUCCUUGAGCUUGGUUUGAACUGUUGAAAGGUAGCAUACAAAUAAAAGUGUGUGUGUGUGUGUGUGUGUGUGUGUGCACGACAAGAGACAGAAGCAGGCCCUGAUAUCUAUUAAGUGUCUCUGCAGGUGCAUCGGUGAUGCUGCAACCAUUAUUUAGAAUGGAGUGUAAAAGUGCUUAGGCUGUUGCAGCCUUAAUGAUGCAGUGGGGUUUACGUAGAAGCAAAUCCCUCUGUGCUCAGUGGGAUAAACGUGUGUAAGAUCACAGCCUUGAAGGUUUGGGGCCUGGAUUGUGCUCUCCACUUCUUAGAAAACAUUGUUUUCUCCCAACAUCAAGUGAAUACACUCUUGACUGAUGUUCACCUUGCAGCAGUAGGUUACAAAAUUAUGGCCUUUAUGAGGCACAGCGACCAUGGUACCCUCCAGAUGUUUUGAAUGACAUCUCCCAUAAUCCUUGACCAUAGGCUCCUUACUGGUUGGGACUGAUGGGAGUUGGAGUCCAACAACAUCCAGAGGGCAACCAUGUUGUCACCCCCUGGUCUAUACUAACGAUAACUGGUUUUUGAUAAAGCCAGUUGUCAACACACAGUCUUCAAGCAAGUUCACUACAGUGGUACCUCAGGUUAAGUACUUAAUUCAUUUCGGAGGUCCGUUCUUAACCUGAAACUGUUCUUAACCUGAAGCACCACUAAUGGGGCCUCCUGCUGCCACCGCGCUGCCGGAGCACGAUUUCUGUUCUCAUCCUGAAGCAAAGUUCUUAACCUGAAGCACUGUUUCUGGGUUAGUGGAGUCUGUAACCUGAAGUGUAUGUAACCUGAGGUACCACUGUACAAGCAAGAUGCAUGGGCAUUGGUCUCCAGAAAUACUGUACUUCACAGCAGGAUGGGUAUGUUAUAGUUUCCACUAUAUGUGGAUUUGGUUUUCAUUUCUUUUUUCUCUCUCUACCCCCCCUCCCUGCCAUUUUGUUUAGGCAAGUAAGCAGAAUGGUCGAUCGCUAAAGAAGAGGGCACAAGACUUUCUUCUCAAAUGGAGCUUUUUUGGAGCUCGAGUAAUGCACACCCUCACUUUGAACAAUGCAUCAAGUUUUGGUAUUUGAUUUUAUUCAAAUUCUUUGUUUUCCUAUUUAAGUUAUGGCAAGGUAUAACCAGGGGCCCCACCAGAUGAAAUGAGGUGGGACGUCCAUUUAGGAGGUGUCAAAGUCACACAGAUGAGCCUAUUUUCCCAGAAGCCAAACAGAAGUCCUCUCGAAUCCAGAUACAUAGAGACUAGUUGUGAUUACUCAGUGGUGAUAAGUAUUUUCUACACAUAGUCAGUGGUUCUUACACUGCUUUUCUAGGACUAGGUCAUGGCAAUAAAAAUAAAUUCUAAUGUUAGGCUCUGGUAGGCCCUGGCUCCAAUCAAACUUUUGUCUUUAUCUGUGUGGUUUAUAUAAUUGAUUCUUUUAAUUUUAGAGAAAAAAGUGAUUUUGUUGUUGAGAUGCUGAGUGAUUUUCUUUUACCUCUAUGUAACUAGAAGCAAGUUUUUCUUGAUGUUUUUGUUGGUGUACUUAUGUUUUUGCUUUUUGGCAAUGGGUUUGUAUUUAUUCCAUUAAAAGGCACAGAUGCCAGGAUUCAUGCCAUGUUUAAUUUCUACAUGAGAGGUGAUGGGACUAAGCUUUGUCUGGAACUUGUGCUCACAACCGCUCAUACGGAAGUCCCUCCCUAUCUACAUAUGUGUACAUAGGAUUUAUCUUAGACCAAGUCAGACUAUUGGUUCAUUUAGCUGAGUAUUGUCUACAAUGACAGCCAGUGGCUUUCCAGGGGUUUAGGCAAGAGGAUUUUCCAACCCUGCCUGGAGAAACCUGUCACCUUUUGUAUGCAAACCAUAUACUGUGUUUUUUCUAUGUCCAGUCAAUCAAUCAAUCGUUUUAUUUGUAUGCCGCUGUGAUGGGAUGAUGAGCUGCUUGUGCGUAAAAUCGUAUUCCCUCAGAGUUUGUUCAAGUCCACAAACCUCUGUCUGUGACAGAGCCCCUCAGACAUGGCUGCUCUAGUCACUAGCAGAUUCCGACAGUGGUUGCUUUCGUAAUCGCUUCCAACAUAAAAGCUCCUUAACGGAAACACGUCUUCUGGAAUCUCUGCGUGACAGUUUCCGGCGAGGAGUGGGUGUUCUUACAGGAGGUUCUGAAACCUCCCCACUGUUUUCGCUGGAAGUGUCUCUGAGCCAUCCCUCCAGCUCAGCUCCCCUCCCCCUGCUGGUUCCUUCUUCAGCUGCUGCGUCUCUCCCAACCUGUGUGAGCCCUUUCACCUCCCUGUUGUUUCCCUCUUCAGCUGCUGCGUCUCUCCCAACCUGUGUGAGCCCUUUCACCUCCCUUCCGUCCGAUGGCAGUUCCCUGACAUCCACCUCCCCUCCAGGGCCCCCUUCACCCCCUCUCCCCCCGUCCUCUACGGGCGGUGAGGAGGCAAAACCCGGAAUGAACUUCCUUCAUCUUCCGAUGUCUCGAACACUUCUCUCAACCUGUUGCGGUUCCUGGUCUCGAAGUACACCUCCUCCUCAGAGUCUAUCUCCCCUUCCCCUUCCGAGUCCGGGAAUCCUUCCAACUCCUCCCCUUCAUCAGUGGUCCCAAAGUAUUCCCUCCGGAACCUCUCCACAGGCUGAGGUUUCCUUGGGAACCUUUGAUGGAACGUUUCUAUCAAUACCUCGUCAUUGAUAUCUUCAGCCAUUACCCAAGUGUUUUCUGACUCCGGUUCUCCUUCCCACGCUACCAAAUACUCCACCUGAUCCCCCUUCCACCUGGCGUCGAGGAUUUCAGCCACAUGGCUGCUGCAUUCUCUUUCUUCUACGACCGGUCCCCGAGUGGCCAGCCCUUCUCGUCCCCCUUCGUACGGUGACAGUAACGACCUGUGAAAUACUGGGUGCAGUUUCAUGUGGUUGGGUAACCGGAGCCUGAAAGCCACUGGGUUGACCUGUUGAAUGACCUCAAAGGGACCCAACCUCCUGGGUCUUAAUUUCUUACAACCUCCUUUUAACGGCAUCCCUUGGGUUGACAACCACACCCUAUCUCCCACCCUUAUGGUUUCACCUUCCCUUCGGUUCUUGUCUGCCUGCCUCUUGUAUUCUUCCUUCGCCCUUUCUAAGUUGAGUUGGAGCUGACGAUGGAUUGCUUCCAUUUCUUCCACAAAAUGUUCGGCUGCCGGGACGCUCCAUCUCUCCCCCUCUCCCCCUGGAAAAGCCCUGGGAUGACACCCAUAAUUAGCCAAGAAGGGGCUCAUCCCUGUGGACACAUUCUCGGCAUUGUUGUAGGCAAAUUCCGCCAGCGCCAACUUUUCUACCCAGUCAUUCUCUCUGUCAUUGACAUAACACCUCAGGUAUUGCUGGAGGACACCGUUUGCUCUUUCCGCCUGCCCGUUGGUUUCAGGGUGCCGGGCAGUCGAAAAAUUGACCUCCACCUGCAGUAAGCUCAUGAGCUUCCUCCAGAACCUGGAAGUAAAUUGUUUUCCUCGGUCUGAGACCACCCUCAAUGGCACCCCGUGCAACCUAAAAAUGUUUUCUACAAAUAACUUCGCUGUCUCUUCCGCCGUGACUGCAUGCGAGCAAGCUACAAAGUGGCACAUCUUUGUUAGUAGGUCUACCACCACCAUGAUGGCUGUUUUCCCUUUGGACUUCGGCAGAUCAGUCAUAAAAUCUAUCGACACUGCCUCCCAAGGUCGUUCUGGGGUUGGUAAGGGUUCUAAUAGCCCCGCCGGCGCCCGCCUUUCCCCUUUGGCUCGCUGGCAUUGCUCGCACCCUCUUACAUACUCACGUACAUCUUCCCUCACCUUAGGCCACCAAAAUUCCCUGGUGACCAACCACAUGGUUUUGUGUUGUCCAAAAUGCCCCGCCGUAGGGCUGUCGUGCAACUGCUUGAGUACCCUCCCCCUUAACUCUCCUUCAGGGAUAUACAGUGCCCCUUUGUAAUACAAAGCUCCAUUUCUUUCCUCGAAACCCCUGGUUCCUCUCCAUCACCCCUAAGACCUCUGAGCUUAUUCUGGGCGUAUUCAUCAUUCUCUGUUUCCUCUACCAGUUCUCUUUGUCCCACCAAUGCCGCCCCACAGACCCAGCGGUUUUCUGGAAUGACAUGUCUCUCUUCGGGUGCCCCCUCCCCCUCCAAAUAUUCAGGUUUGCGUGAGAGAGCGUCCGCCCUAAUGUUCUCUGGGCCUGGCACGUAACUAAUCUCAAAGUUAAAUUUGGAGAACUCCUGGGCCCAUCUCACUUGCCGUUGGUUGAGCACUCGUGCCGUCCUCCAAUACUCUAGGUUCUUGUGGUCGGUGCACACUUGCACCUUAUGUUGUGCGCCAAUUAGCAGGUGCCUCCAUCUCCGGAACGCCUCAUAAACGGCUAGUAGUUCUCGGUCAUACACCGUGUAGUUCCUCUCGGAUUUGUUCAGCUUUCGCGAAAAAAAGGCACACGGUCUCCACUCUGACCCCUUCUUGCCUGGCUGCAGAAGCACCGCCCCAAUCGCUCUGUCUGAUGCGUCAGUUUCCACUCUCAUCGGUUUUUGUAAAUCCACAUGCAGGAGUUGUUGUUCCGAGGCGAAGGCCCUUUUAGUUCCUCAAAUGCUCGCUCCGCCUCCUCAGUCCACACGAACUUCUUCUUACUGCUGAGACAGUCCGUAAUGGGCGCCGUCAGGUGGGCAAAGUUUCGGAUGAACUUACGAUAGAAGUUCCCAAAUCCUAGGAACCUCUGCACAUCCUUCUUUGUUUUGGGUGUUUUCCAUUCCAGUACCGCCUGGACCUUGCCGGGAUCCAUGGCCAAUCCCUUGUCUGACAGGCGAUACCCCAGGAAUUCCACCUCCUUGGUAUGAAACUGACACUUCUCCAGUUUCACCCACAGCUGGUUGGCUUGCAGCCUGCUCAACACUUCUCUGACGUCUCUCACAUGCUGCUCCUCAUUCUCAGAAUACACCAACACGUCGUCUAAAAAGGCCACACAAUUCUUGUAAAGCAAAGGCCCCAGGACGUGGUUCAUAAACGAUUGAAAUGUUGCGGAGCCUGCUUGUAGGCCGAAGGGCAUAACCAAAUAUUCAAAUGCCCCUAAAGGGGUGAACAUAGUGGUUUUCCAUUCAUCCCCCUUCCUUAUUCGUACCAGGUUGUACGCCCCCCUUAGGUCCAGCUUUGUGAAAAUCUUUCCCUUCCGCACCCUUGUCAAAAUGUCGUCAAUCCUGGGCAUAGGGAAGGCUACUGGUUCUGACACUGCAUUUAAGGCCCUGAAGUCACACACCAGCCUCGGCUUGUUCGUGUUUUCUUAUCCACAAAAACACUGGGCUGCCCCCACCGCCCUGGACUCUCUGAUGAACCCUCUCUUCAGGUUCUUGUCAAUGAACUCUCUUAACUCCUGCAUCUCUCUGUCUGACAUGGCGUACAGCUUGCCUACAGGGAGCUGUGCUCCAGGGAGUAAGUUGAUUUGACAGUCAAAGGGUCUAUGCGGGGGUAGUUGGUCAGCUUCCCUUUCGCUGAAGACGUCACGGAGAUCUGCAUAUUGUCGUGGUACCUUCACGUUCUCUGUUACUUCAGUCCCUGCUAGGGCGGCUUGGACCCCUGCCAAACCCUUUCCCUCUUUGCAGUGUUCUAAGCAAUGUGCUGAACCAAAAGAAACCACUCUCUGAUGCCAGCCCACCAGCGGAUCAUGUAACGCUAGCCAGCUCAUCCCCAAUAUAAUGGGAGCUCCUCCCAAGGUGGCCACAUUAAAAGCUAUCAGUUCGGUGUGCCUUGCUACCUUCAUUAUCAUUGGGACGGUCUGCAAGCUGACUUCUCCACCCAACAGCUCCCUGCCAUCGAUCGUGGUAACCUGCAGGGGGCUGCUUUAAGGGAUUGUCUGUAUCUGGUGUUCAGCUGCAAACUCUUUGCUCAUGAAAUUGCAGGAGCUGCCUGAGUCCAACAGCGCCUUUAUCUUUAGAGGGUGUCCGUUUGGCAGCUCUAGCGUCACUUCUAUCACUAGGGCGGGUUUAGGAGGUUCUGGCGUGGGCACUCUCACUGCUCUUUGGCCUGGCUGCUGUGCCCUGACAGUGGCAGCCAGGCGUUGGCUUUACUUGCUCCGGUAUUUUUCCUCUCUUCCAUCCACAGCUCCUACCAUCCCUUGCCAUUCUUUCCUCUGGGGGCAGACUCUGGCAAAGUGACCUGGCUGUUGGCAGAGAUAGCAUUUCCGGGCGCCUUUUCCCUCCUUCUUUGCCCCCUCACUGGGCUUUGAAACUGCGCGCGCGCGCUGUUCCGAUUUCCAUCGGCUCUGCCGGUGGGAAAGUUGGCUCUGGAAUGUCUGGAAUGCGGAACUCCUUCCAACGUUCCCCUUUCCCUUCCCGCCUCUCCAAUGCUCUCGCCUCCUGGCGCGCUCCUAUGGCCAGCGCUGAUUUGGUCAGCUGGUCCAUAGACUCCGCCCUGGGCGCCCGGGAAAGUUCGUCUUUCACAGCCGAAGAAAGCCCUUCUUCAAAGAGCAUUUGAAUGGGUUCCGCCGAUAAGUCCCACCCCAAUCUGUGAACAAGCAUGGUGAACUCAGUCCAGUACUCACGGACAGAUCGGCUCCCCUGUUUGCAACCCAUUAACUGUCUGCGCACCACUCCCUUUUCAAUAUCGCUGGAAAACAUCAGAUCCAUGGCGCGAAAGAACUUCAUCGUGUCCUUUAAGACGUCACUAUUCGCUGCCAUCAGGGGUCUAACCCAGUCUCUCGCCCCCUUUUCAAGAUGCUCAAUCACGAAAGCCACUCGUGAUUCCUCGUCAGGAAUUCAUCAAACUGCAGAUUGAGGGCAUAUUGCAUUUCUGUCCGAAAACCAUGAUAGUUUUGGGCUCCCCCAAACUUCUGCACCAAUCCUGGUACCUUUCUGGCGAACUGGGUGGCUUUCCCCCUUUGUCUGCAUCCUGAGCCCUCCUCUCCUCCAGCCUCGCCGUCUGCAUCGCUAGCUGGACCUCCAACAUCUGGUACCUUUCUUCCAGGCUUGGACCCGCUCCAGCUCCUGCUUCUCCAGUUCCGGCUGGGUUGCUCAUGAUGCCUUCUCCUGCACAAGCUGCUUUCAAAGACUGUCGGAAUGCUGUGAUGGGAUGAUGAGCUGCUUGUGCGUAAAAUCGUAUUCCCUCAGAGUUUGUUCAAGUCCACAAACCUCUGUCUGUGACAGAGCCCCUCAGACAUGGCUGCUCUAGUCACUAGCAGAUUCCGACAGUGGUUGCUUUCGUAAUCGCUUCCAACAUAAAAGCUCCUUAACGGAAACACGUCUUCUGGAAUCUCUGCGUGACAGUUUCCGGCGAGGAGUGGGUGUUCUUACAGGAGGUUCUGAAACCUCCCCACUGUUUCGCUGGAAGUGUCUCUGAGCCAUCCCUCCAGCUCAGCUCCCCUCCCCUGCUGGUUCCUUCUUCAGCUGCUGCGUCUCUCCCAACCUGUGUGAGCCCUUUCACCUCCCUGUUGUUUCCCUCUUCAGCUGCUGCGUCUCUCCCAACCUGUGUGAGCCCUUUCACCUCCCUUCCGUCCGAUGGCAGUUCCCUGACAGCCGCCUUUCCAAAGUUAAAACUAUGCUCAAGGUGGCUUACAACAUAUCCAAAAAAUAACUACAAACAUAGCAAAAGUAGUCAUAAAUAAUAAACAAAACAUCAAAUGUUACACAACCCAAUUGAAUAAUUUCCACAUAAAUAAUAAGAUACAAAAUAAAGAUACAAAGAAUUAUCAACAGCAACAAGCCCCUGUGAACAGCCAUAAGAAACACCCUGCAGCCUCAGCUUUUAUAGCUGGAGUCAGUCAGAGCCCCACCCUCCCAGUCCAGGUGGGAAAAGGCCUGCAAGGCAGGGAACAGGUCUUCCAGGACUCACAACCAAGAUGGGCCUCAGUCAUUCCCUAUAUACCUAAGUUUAUAGAGAAGAGGUGAUUUCACCUCAGAGAGCAUUUUAUUCUCUACAUGUUCACAGGCACUUUUUCCUUUAUAAUUCUUAUACAAACCCUGGAGUUAGGGAUGGAGAAAUUCAAUUCAUUUACCCUUCAAAAUUCAAACUUACCUGAAUGUUGUGAUGCAGUUCUGCAACAAACCAGCGUUUACAAAAAAAAAAAAUGCAUAUAUUUGGGUGCAUAAAUGCAUGUAAUGUAUGCACAAAAAUGAAUAUAUUAGUGAAAAGAAUACAAAUAAUACAUAAAAUACAAAAAUAAAUCAUGUUAGGGAAAAUUGCUUGUAUGUUAGUAAAAACUGUGAAUAAACGUGUUUAGAAGAAGAAAUUGCUGGUGAACUUUUCAUACUUUUAAACUGAAAAUUGCUCCAAAACUGGAGAACUGAAUUUAAGAUUGGAGAAAUGGGAAACGGAGAGAACCAAUCCUGAUAGAUCCUUCAAUCCCUACCAGGAAUAAAUGAUUGUUUUUGUUUUUUUAAUGACAGCUCUGUCAUCUCAAAGAGCCCCUAGCAACUGCUGGGAAUUAGAUCUUAAAAGUGUUGUUGAGUCAAGAUUUCAUGACAAUGUGCUCAUUUUCUUACUUUUAUUCUACAGAGGUCUGCUAGCAAGACUCUGCCAACUACUUUCUUGUUGUUUAGUAUAAGGGAAACUGAAAUAUAGCAAACUCUUGUCUACAGAGUUCAGCUUUAUCUUACUCUAAUGUAUGCCCUCUUCAAAUAUCAAGCAUAUCUCACUUUCAUCAGUGUUGUACUUUGAUGUCAUUAGUGGCCAAAUAACCUACAGGACAGUCAACAUAUUGAGCUUGGGGGGCCAGUGCAGAGCAAGAUUAGAGUGAGAAGUUAAGCACUGCUUCUUGUUGGUCUUAGCAGGUCAUUGAAAGUCCAACAAUUAUUUGUUUGUUUCAUUUGCUUCUUAUAGAGUGUUGAGAGAUGGUCACCAAGAUAACUUUAUGACAUAAACACUCUCUCUCCUCUUUUCUCCCGCUGCAAAGGUUCAUUUCAUUUGGUCCGAAUGCUUUUAGACGAAUACAUCUUGCUUGCCAUGGAGACCCAGUUUAACAAUGACAAAGAACAAGAACUCCAGAAUCUGUUGGACAAGUAUAUGAAGAAUCUGGGUAACUAGGAUUGGUCGUUUAUAACCCUGAGAGUUCUGAAGCUUUGAUGAUGUUCACACUUGUUUGUGGUUAGGCAAUGGUAGCCAAGCUGAUUGGCUGUUUUGACAUAUUUAAACAACUAUUCUUCCAUACCUAAUAUUGGCAGGGUGAUUUGUUUAUUUAAAUUUCUCUUGGGAUAGAUGAUAGAUUAAGGCUGCAGUCUUAAACACACUUAUUGGGGCAUAAGUCUCACUGAACUCAGUGUCGACACACGUUUCUGAGCAGGCAUGCAUAGGACUGUGCUGUUAUAAAGCUAAACUAAAAUUUAAACAGAUUGCUCCCCACUUGUUCCUAUUAAUUCACCUUCCGUCACAAAAUACCAGCCCUAAAAAGGUCUUACAAAAUUUCGUGUUGGUGCUUGAGCUAAGGCUUUGGUGAGCCCCUGGGGGUGGGAGGAGUUCCAAGUUGCAGAGGCUGAUUCCAAAAACAACUUUUGGAAAUGGCAGAGGGAUUAUGAAUCAAGAAAGGUCACCUUCAAGAAAAUCCUAGCUGGUCAUAGAGAAGAAGGCUAUCUCUUGGAUAUAUUGAGCCUUUAAAUAAUACCCUGAGGAGAAUAGGUACCCAUUGUAAACCCUGAAAAAGUACUAUAUGAUAUGUAAAAGAGUACUUUAAAAAAUAUUCAGGUACCAAGCGAUAUGGUUCUUUUUAAAUAUACCUGACCAGUUUAUAUUGUCCAACAACUCUGUUCCUAUUACGUUUGAUUACUGUGCACAGUCCUCUCUGGUUCACUGCUAGCUGUAUAGCUCAGUCGGUAGAGCAUGUGACUCAUAAUCUCAGGGUUGUGGGUUCAAGUCCCACUUUGGGCAAAAGAUUCCUGCAUUGAAGGGGAUUGAACUAGAUGACUCUCGUGGUCACUUCCAACUCUACAGUUCUAUGAUUCUAUGGUGAUAUGCCUGAGUCCCAAAGACACAGGGUUGCUCAUGCAUCUCCCCUCAAGGGAAAACCUCGCUUAACACUGCCCACCGUACACUUCAAGUGUGUGCUCUUUCACAUCAGAUAUUUAAGAACCAUCCCUGAAUGAUCGACCCAUUCUUACAGUUUCAUAAUUCAUAUAAAUAUAUAGCAGUAUACACACACAGCAGUGCAUGCUCUUAUUUCACACGUUGUGAAUCCCGUCUUAUUUUUCCAGAUGCCAGUAAAGCUGCUUUUACUGCAUCCCCCAGCUCUUGCUUCCUAGCAAACCGCAGCAAGGCUGGUACACUUUCCAGUGAUGCUUCAGUGAAAAAUGAAUGCCUAGUGGAGCAAGCCUAUUUCCCUCUGCCAACCAAUCAGCACAGCAGCAUGUCCUCUGGUCUGAAUCCUUUCUCAAUGGGGAACCCUGAAAAUAUGCAGCUAACAGGUAGGAAACAAAUCCCCACCACCCACCCUUUAUCCUUUCCUCAUAUUUUCCCUGUGUAGGAGUGGGCAGUGCUAUGGAAAGGAGCUGUAUACCAUGCAAACCAUUCCUCUACUCUUCUGUUUGUUUUCCCAGGUCAAACGGAGCUCUCUCAAAGCACAGGUCAUCUCAUGACUCCGCCCAUAUCUCCAGCCAUGGUUGGCCGAGGAAGCGUCAUCAACCAGGGACCGAUGGCAGGCAGGCCUCCUAGUGUAGGUCCACCGUUGUCAUCUCAUUCCCACUGUGCAUCUUAUCCGGAGCCCCUGUACCAGACUGUGCCACAAACCAACCAAAACUUUUAUGGAGUCAGUGCUGGCUACCCGGUCAUGUUCAGGACCCAGACUCACCCAUCUUCUGCACCCUAUCAGCACAGGGCAGAGGCCAGCCAUUUUGCAGCCAGCAAUGAGCAGCAGCGCUUCUCCAGAGACUACUUCAGCAGCAGCUGCGCUGUAUCUCCAUACAGCACGAGGUCACCCCCUAACUAUGGGUCCUCUUCGACAGUACAGGAGGCGCACGGCAUGCAAUUUCUGAACAGUGGGAGCUACAACUUCAUGAACAGUCCAGCAGCUAGCUCUGGUCAAGGAUCAUCAUAUUCCUCAAAUGCUUCCAAUGGUACUAAAAUGUUCCGAUUUUUUAAAUUAUUGAUUUCCAUUGAUCUGUACUUCUUCCCUAGUGCUCCACAAUUUAUGUAUAUUCUCUCUAAUACAACUUCUGGAAGCGAUAGGAGUGUUGGGACACAUUCUUAACCUGACCUCCCUGCUGGUGGGACUUUGUGGAGUGGUGGGGCCACCAUGGCAUCUGCAACCCUGCUGCUCAUGGGGCAAGACGAUUGGACCUAACACAGUUGUGCAUCAGCAGUGAGCUCAGGGUCCAGUGGAUCCUGGUCCAGCUGAGCCCCAUCUUUUCUCUGCCUCUGGGACCCAUUUUUGGGUUGUCCUCUGGGCCCUGGUGGCAAUGAGUCUUCCAGUAGACCUUCCACUUGCCCAUUUGCUGGGUGGAAGAGGGAGAGCAGUGCUGACAAGAGGCCAUCUUAGCCCACAGAGCUCAGGGGAGGGACACUUCUGCUCAGUCCAAGCCAGCCUGGCAUAAAGGGUGGUUUGGAUUGCUUUGUUAGUCUCUGGCAGCAUAAACAGCAGUGAGUCUUGUGGCAUCUUCCAGGCUUGUAUUGUAAAGUAAGUUUUUGAGGACAAGAAUUCUCUUUCAUGGUUCUCUGCUCAAAACAAAACAGAAAUGAAUAAAAGGUCCCUGAUUUCUAUGCAGCAAGAGCUCUUAGGAUAGAUUUCUAGAUAGUACCACUGUUUGCUGCUGAGUAAGAAUUUAAGAAGAGAGCAACUGGAUCAGGGCAAAAGUCCAUAUAUAGUCAAACAUCCUGUUUCUCAAAGCAGCCAACCAAAAGCCUCCUCCAGGAAGCCAGCAUGCAGGACAUAAAAUCAAUCACCUUCUUCCAUUGUUGUCCCCAAGCAGUUGGGACUGUGAGGCAUGCUGCCUCUGCCUUUGAGUCCCCAGCAUGGUGUAGGGGGACCAGGUGGUAAUACUGGACAGCAUCAUGAGAUGAUGGAGAAGGCAAACAUUCAGCUGCUUGGAGGUUAGCAUAAUUGAGUGCAGCUCUCUGAUCUUAUGCCCAAUUGUGAUCUUAUAGUAGCUUCUCAACAGCCACACACCUUCAUGAUGUUAAUUUAGCCUCCUGUGCCCAAUUUCUUCUCUGCCACCAUUGGUCACCCUCUGGUAAGGGUAACAGGUCUCCCUCCCCCCCCAUUCAGACGCUGGUAUCCUCCAGCAAAUCAUCUCACUAGCCAUUGCUGCUCCAGUAUUUAGAAGUUAUGGGCACACAAGUUUCCCUAGUUAAAACUGCUGCAAAUCACAGGGAUGCUACUUCACAUAAGCAGCUACCAGAUGGCUGGGUGAUGCUGUUUGGCUUCUGCAACUUGUCCAUCUUUUUGACUUUCUUGUAUCCAUAACUAUAUCUCCAUAUCCAUGUGCACAUUCACUGUAGACAUGGAACUUUAAUUUUAUUUGGGUGCUAUAAGGCAGCAUUCUAGAUGAUCUAAUACUCAUAUAACAGUUGUCUAUUAUACCUAAUAUACACUUAUUGUCUGUCAACAGGGUUCUAUGGGAAUAAUAUAAAUUACCCGGAAUCCCAUCGACUCGGGUCAAUGGUGGAUCAGCAUGUUUCGGUCAUCAGCAGCAUCAGCAGCAUUCGACCAUUGCCUCCAUACAGUGACAUUCACGAUCCACUUAGCAUCUUAGAGGAUGCUGGAAGGAAACAGGGAGCAUCAUAUUAUGCAGAUGCCUCGAUAGCCUGUCAGAACCCGCUAAGUAAGUAGGUCUGAUGGCAGAACAAGAACUCUAAAUCUUCUCAUGUUUUGGACUGGGCCAACACCUGGAUGGGAAGAAGAAUAGUGCUGACUGGCCAUGCACAUUGACCAAAAGUGAGAACAGGUUCUGUGCAAACACAGCUGUAUGUGCAUAGGACUUGUAGUACUCGGAAUGGUGGAGCCCACUUGCACAGGUGCAUGCAAAGCCUGCGCACAUACAAUAGUAUAUGAGUUGGGUCUGUUUUCACUUUUGGCCAAAUGCCAAAGUUGAGGUAUAAUGCCAGCAGACAAGUAGAGGACAAGAAUGGAGUCGGUCAGCGCAAACUUACUUUGUCUCCAUGCAUUUGCUCCACGCAUGGGCUCGUAUCCAGUGCAACUCUAAGUAAGCAUAUCAUCAGUUCAAGAAUUCUCACUUGGGCAAUGGGACUUCCCAUCUCCCCCACAUACACUUCCUACUCCCUCCCCAAAUCUGCACCUAAAUUUCGGGGAAACUCCAAAACUCCAGAAGCGAUUGGGGAGAGUCCCAUUGUAGAAGAACCUUUGCACUGACUGGAUGCCUACUUAGUGCUGCAUUGGAUACAAGCCUUAGAUCCAAGCAUGAAAAAUGGGUUUACAUUUUAACUUACAUGGGAAUCUCAGCUGCAAAACCCACAACCAGUGCCAGACCCCAGUUUUAGAAUGGAGGCAUUGUACAUUUCCUCCUCCACCUCCAUGUAUCUCAGACAUAAGACUUUCAGCUCAGAGGGUGUAAUGUCUAGGAAAGCUGAAAUGCUGUCAUUCGUCUCUUUAGAAAUUAAUCACAACUAAUGAAUGGUUGAUUUCCCCUUCCCCCAAGCUCUAAGUACAGCCCAUUACGUAUGUGAUUUGGAAAGCUAUGGUGGGAGGGUGGUUCCUCUGCAUCUCACCCACUCCCACUUUUCUGCUCAAAGACGUCCUCUGGGGCUCCCCUUUGGAAAUGCUGGGCAUUUUCUCACGAACAUUCUUCAGAAAUGUUGUUUUGGUUGGAAAUGUCUUUUUAAUAAAAGCUGGGGUUCAGAGGAACCCAACAGGGCCUCAUGACCAUCACACACACCCAAGAGUGUUAACUCCCUGUUCCUUACUUAAUCUAUGUUUGCAGGCAGGAAGAAUGAAGAAGGCUUAAUUUAUGCCAGAAUUGUUCAUAGGGCCAGGACCGCACCUUGAAAGUAAUAGAUGAAAGUGCUCCCGAACUUACGCACAUUGUAUUUUUUGCUCUACUAAGUAAAGCAAGUCCUCCCAUAGCAGGGUGGAACUUGCAGAUCAGAGGGUACUAUUCACAAGCAAACUAAAGCCAUGGCCUAUGUCUCCUUUUUUCCCUAGAAAUUAAGCACUGGAAGUAGUAACUGUUGCCAUUUUCUUUGUAGCUUCAGAUCUGCAGCCUGCUAUAUCUGCAUCCUCCUCCCAAUGUAUGUAUGGACAUUCUAGACAAUGCCCUUCGCAGGAAGCAAUGGAUUCUUCUGGGCAAGGUAAUAGUGAGAUGGUCUCCACCUUGCCACCAAUCAAUACUGUUUUCAUGGGAACUGCUGCUGGAGGCACCUGACUUCCAGAAGUGGCUGCACCCAGUCUUCAGUCCCAGGACUUGAUGACGAAUAGGAAUGAAAAAGUAUUACACAUAAUUUUUUAAGACUACCAAGAAGAUUUUACGAUGCACUGAAAAAGCAACUACAGCUGGUUGCAGAGUCCAUCCUGUCUCAAGUGUCUCUGGUCUUAAACACAGGAAAAGAGAUUGUCCAUUGCAUUUUCUCUCCUUGUCACAAUUAUAACCAAUAUUCUUGCUUUUCUCCAUGUAAUCAGGAUGCUGUUCUUUCUUGGUGAUCACUUUGCUGCCCCUUGAUGCACGAUGUACCAUAUGCACCACCUCGUGGUUACAACAGUGUGCAGGUUCACACCUGACAAUGGGUUGGCUAGUCUGGAUUUAACAGCUUUGCUGCACCAUUAUGAUGUUCUAGAUCAUCUAACAACAACACCCCUAAAUCACAGAGUUCUGGUGUUGCUCUGAGGCAGCAGUUGCUGCUCUCCAACCUAUAAAGAAGGCAUAAUCAGAGUGAACUCUCUUGUUCGACUUCAAUGUCCGAGUUACCAUCCUUUUUCUAAUUAAUUUUGUACAGGCACUGGAUAUGUGCCAAUAUGCACUUUGUUCACUACUGUAUUACACCAAGUGCUUUGUAAUCUAUAUUUGCUGCAUGCAUAGUGAAGUGUAGCUUUAUUUUACACCUGGAGGUCCGCUAGCUUUUGUGCACCGGCCCUCGUUAUCUUUAGCAUGUACAUACUGCUCACAGUUGGCACCCAGCAACUGAACUGGAAGGAGGUCAGGUGAGCAGCACAACCCCACCACUCUGCCCGCUACUGGCUCCAGGUAGGCCUGGAUAGGACCCCUGCCUUGAAGAACAAUUGCCAGUCAGCACAGAGUAGAAGAUUCUGAGCUAGAUGGAUCAAUGGUCUGAUGCAGCAGAAGGCAGCUUCCUAUGUUCCCACACCACAAAGCCCAUGAAGCAGUGUGACUGUGACAGUGGUGCACUUACGUGAAACAUCUGGUGCCUGAGUAAUGUGACAGCAGCCAUGAACUGUAGUGCUUGCCUGUGUAACAUCCCUUGUGUGCAUGAACACACCUACCAUAUGAGUCAGCCUUUCAAUAUAUAAAAUUAGAAUGCCAGUCCCUGAUCCAUGUGAGCUGAUGAAAUUUCCACAGUAUUUCUCCAUAAAGCACUGAAAUAUUUGUUUUUGUUGCUAAAGUCCCAGAAUUUUUGUCUUUCUGCUCUGCUUUGUUGUGCCAUGUCUUUGAAGCAAGAAAAACCAGCGAUAAGUUCCAAAGAAUUGUGGGGGGAAACAUUCCUCUGCCUCAUUAUUCCUCUAAUUUAUAUUUAAAAAGCAGUUGUCCUGUAUCUUCAUACAUACAUUUUGUUUAUUUUGUAAAAGCAAAGAAACAUUAUUUAACGCAUGUUAUUUACCUUUAUUUAUUGGAGUUGCAGAGUUCUUUGCAAGUUGCAAUUCUGUUUGGCGGAUUGUCAAAUGUAUGUGUUCUACCUCCUAUGGAAAUGUUUACAGGGUCAUUUUUUAUAAUGGGGUGGAGAACCUGUAGUCAUCCAGAUGUUGUGGGAUUCCACUUCCCAUCACCCACAGACAACACAGAGCAGUGGCUGGGGAUUAUGGGAGUUGUAGUCCAAUAACAUCUGCAGAGCCACAAGUUCAUCGUUUCAUUAUAUUCCUUCAAACCUAUCUGGACCAAACUUGUAUUUUCUAAUCUUGUGGAUUAAAGGGUUUAUUUCAAAUGCU